UUUGUGUCAGUCUCAACCGAGCAAGAGUUUCGAACGCAUCGUGUGCUCUCUAUAAUUCCAGUAGUAUCGAUUGAUUGGACUUAUUAGUUAUUGGUUGAUUCUUUCAGAGUAAAAGUGAAGUGAAAGUUAGCGGAAGUGAUUAUUUGUUAAAUUACAAACAAACUAUUAAGUGAGUGACCCUCAAGCUGCACCAGAACACAAAAGUGCACAAGUGCUACAAGCAGCCAUGCCUCGACCAUCUCGUGAAUCGUACGGGGAUCAGAAACCCCCUUACUCGUACAUCUCCUUGACCGCCAUGGCCAUCUGGAGCUCACCGGAAAAGAUGUUGUGUCUCAACGACAUUUAUAAAUACAUUACGGAUCGGUUUGCGUAUUACCGGAAUAACACCCAGCGUUGGCAGAACUCCCUAAGGCACAACCUCAGCUUUAAUGAUUGCUUCAUUAAGGUUCCACGCCGCCCGGACAGGCCGGGCAAGGGAGCUUACUGGACACUGCACCCCAAGGCUUUCGAUAUGUUCCAGAGCGGAAGUCUGCUCCGUCGGCGUAAGCGCUUCAAGCUGCAGGACAGCGACAAGGAAAGUCUCAACGAAGAAUUCAUCGCUUUGGCUAACAUGAACCGAUUCUUCAUGUCACAAGGUGGUUACUUCCACGAGCCUCACUAUGCGCACGCCAUGCCAGAAAACAUUAACCCGAACAUGAUGUACAUGCCUAUCUCUCCGCCACAUUCGCCGCCGGAAGCAUCCCGAGCAACCAGCCAGUCUCCUGAACAACCGCAACCAGCUGCACUCGGAAUGUUCCAAAACCAUCCAACCACCGCCACCUCCUCUCCCGUUACCAAACCAAAGCGAUCAUUCACCAUCGAAAGUCUCAUCGGUUCCGACGAAUCGGAUAGCAAGGAAGAGUGCUCUUCAUCCGACUCGGAAGACUACUCCAGCUCUCCGCCGAACGUCAUUGCACCAAAUCCCCAACACUUGGAACAGCUGCGAGCCUCCCUGCACCUUAGCCAACAGUUCCAAGCUCAGCAGCAGGCCGCCUUCAACGAAUACGCAGCGGCGGCCGCAGCCGCCCAUCAUCACCAUCAGCAGCAGGUGGCAGCCGCUGCGGCUCUGGCCGCCUCCAAUGGGGUGUCCCCAUACGGAAUGCAUCCGCUCCUGAUGCCCAUGGGAAAGUUACCAACCGGACCGUAUUUCCUGCAGCCGGCCUUCCAAGCGCCGACGGCAUCCCAUCACCACCAUCAUCAUCAUCAUUUGGCGGCGACGGGUGGAAUUCCACAGCCGACGGAAGCUCACAUGCUCGAUGCCCACAAGGACACCGCAAUGGUUCUGGGUUAGAUUUUGUUUUCUAGUAAGUAGAUGAAUAUUUAUUCCUACCAAGUCCAAUUUUUUGCAAUAUAUAUUUUUAAAUCUAAACAAAAAUGAGAUUAUUGACCUCGGGAUGUGUUGUUAGAGUUUUAUUCUAAUAUUUAUCGAUAGAUUUCGAUGUUUAUUCUCAAUGUUUCGCGCGAAUGUUAGGGAAUCCGAAUCGAGUCCAAUCAAAUUGUGAUGUCUUUAGUUACGUAACCGAUAGCAAUACCUGUUUUAGCUGCCCCUUAAGAUAACCGGCAAAACCAACCCCUUUCGAUUAAGUUAAGUAGAUUUAAGUUGCAUCGCAAAGAACUGAUAUGUUAAAUGUGUAAGUGUGAAAAAAUGGAAUAAAAAUUUAUUUUUAAUUCAAAUGCA